GCCCUCAGAGAGUUGUUUGCACCCUAAGAUCCGGCGAUAAUAAAAGUGUUGUAACGUUACAUAGCUCCGUGGUACAUAUAGGCAAGAGUUAGGAAUAUUGCAUCCAUUUUGAUCCCAGAAAAUGUAAGAUCCUGUAAGGCCGCGUGGUGGCGCUGCAGGAUAAGAAGGUACAAACCGGAACCGCAGCUGCGGCUCCCUUAACAGGCAAACUUACCGGCAGAGCCUAGAAGCCCACCGGAAGCGUGGAUGCUGCAGGGGAACUGGGUCCUCUGAAAAGGACUAUUCAUCGGAGUAUUUCUGAGGUAUCUUGUGGAAUAAUCACAGUCUCAGAUACUGAGGUCUUUACAGCUCAGCGGAACCAUCCUCGCCGGAGGCUAUACCAAAUAAGAACAAUGGAGGCCAGCAGGAAGCUCAUUUGCAGACAAAGGCAAGUCCUUUUCUUCUUUCUCUUCUUGGGUUUAUCGCUGGCGGGCACUGAACCUAGACGCUAUUCUGUGGUGGAGGAAACGGAAGGGAGUUCUUUUGUAACCAGUUUAGCAAAGGACCUGGGUCUGGGGCAAAGGGAACUCUCCAGGCGGGGGGCUAGGGUCAUUUCCAAAGGAAACAAAGUGCAUUUGCAGCUGGAUCAGGAGACCGGGGAUUUGCUGCUAAAUGAGAAACUGGACCGCGAGGAACUGUGCGGUCACACAGAGCCCUGUGUGCUGCGCUUCCAGGUGUUGCUAGAGAAUCCCUUAGAGUUUUUUCAAGCUGAGCUGCAAGUAAUAGACAUAAAUGACCAUGCUCCCGUGUUCCUGGACAGAGAUGUGUUGCUCAAGAUAGCAGAGAGCAGUCCUCCUGGGACGACGUUUCCUCUGAAGAAUGCUCAGGAUGAGGACGUAGGCCAAAAUAAUGUUGAGAACUAUAUAAUCAGUCCCAACUCCUAUUUUCGGGUCCUCACGCGCAAACGCAGCGAUGAAAGGAAAUAUCCCGAGCUGGUGCUGGACAAAGCUCUAGAUCGUGAGGAGGAACCCGAGCUCAGGUUAACCCUCACCGCUCAGGAUGGAGGCUCUCCACCCCGGUCUGGCACCGCCCAGGUCUACAUCGAAGUCGUGGACGUCAAUGAUAACGCCCCUGAAUUUGAGCAGCCUUUCUAUAGGGUGCAGAUCCCUGAGGACAGUCCCGUAGGUUUCCUGAUUGUCACAGUCACUGCUACGGAUGCAGACACAGGAGUCAACGGGGAGAUUUCCUAUUCACUUUUCCAGGCUUCAGAAGAGAUUAGCAAAACCUUUGAGAUCAACCCCAAAACAGGAGAAAUUCGACUGAAAAAACAACUUGAUUUCGAAACUGUUCAGUCCUAUGAGGUCAAUAUCGAGGCUAGAGAUGCUGGAAGCUUUUCUGGAAAAUGCACCGUUCUGACUCAAGUCAUGGAUGUGAACGACAAUGCCCCAGAAGUCACUUUGUCUGCAUUUACUGGACAGAUCCCUGAGAACUUCCCUGAGACUGUGGUUGCAGUUUUUAGUGUUUCGGAUCUUGAUUCAGAAGAAAACGGGAAAAUAAGUUGCUCCAUUCAGGACGAUUUACCCUUUUUCCUGAAAUCUUCUCUGGAAAACUUUUACACCCUAGUAACAGAGAAACCUCUGGACAGAGAGACCAGAGACCAAUACAAUAUCACCAUCACUGUCACUGAUUUGGGGUCCCCUAGACUGAAAACACAGCUCAACAUAACCGUGCUGGUCUCCGACGUCAAUGACAACGCCCCCGCCUUCACCCAAACCUCCUACACCCUGCGGGUCCGCGAGAACAACAGCCCCGCCCUGCACAUCGGCAGCGUCAGCGCCACAGACGCAGACGCGGGCGCCAACGCCCAGGUCACCUACUCGCUGCUGCCGCCCCACGACCCGCGCCUGCCCCUCGCCUCCCUCGUGUCCAUCAACGCGGACAACGGGCACCUGUUCGCCCUGCGGUCCCUGGACUACGAGGCCCUGCAGGCCUUCGAGUUCGGCGUGGGCGCCACAGACCGAGGCUCGCCGGCGCGGAGCAGCCAGGCGCUGGUGCGCGUGCUGGUGCUGGACGACAACGACAACUCGCCCUUCGUGCUCUACCCGCUGCAGAACGGCUCGGCGCCCUGCACCGAGCUGGUGCCCAGGGCGGCCGAGGCGGGCUACCUGGUGAGCAAGGUGGUGGCGGUGGACGGCGACUCGGGCCAGAACGCCUGGCUGUCGUACCAGCUGCUCAAGGCCACGGAGCCCGGGCUGUUCGGCGUGUGGGCGCACAACGGCGAGGUGCGCACGGCCAGGCCGCCGAGCGAGCGCGACGCGCCCAAGCACAGGCUGCUGGUGCUGGUCAAGGACAACGGCGAGCCGCCGCGCUCGGCCAGCGUCACGCUGCACGUGCUGCUGGUGGACGGCUUCUCGCAGCCCUACCUGCCGCGGCCGGAGGCGGCGGCCGAGCAGGCGCAGGCCGACCCGCUCACCGUCUACUUGGUCAUCGCCCUGGCCGCGGUGUCGUCGCUCUUCCUCUUCUCGGUGCUCGCGUUCAUCGCGGUGCGGCUGUGCGGGAGGAGCAGGGCCGCCUCGCUGGGUCGCUGCUCGGUCGCCGAGGGCCGCUUUCCGGGCCACCUGGUGGACGUCAGUGGUACCGGGACCCUGUCCCAGAGCUACCAGUAUGAGGUGUGUCUGAGGGGAGGCUCUGGGACCAGCGAGCUGAAAUUUCUGAAGCCGAUUGUGCCCAGUUUCCAGGGCCAUUCCCCUAGACCAGAUAUAGAAGAAAAUUCCAACUUUAGGAAUGACUUUGAUUUCAGUAUUCAGUGACAAUAAUUGGUUUUCCAUAUAUUUAAAAUUGAUGAUAAGUUCAAGGUGAUGGUUU